CCCGGCUGCUAGUGCUGGUGGCCGCCGCCGCUGCCCAAGCUGGGGACCGAGCCGCCGCCUCUGCUCCCGCGCGUCGUGGCUUCCCAGGCGGCGGAAUGCUGGGGAAAGGCGUUGUCGGCGGUGGCGGCGGCACCAAGGCGCCCAAGCCGUCCUUCGUGUCGUACGUGCGCCCUGAGGAAAUUCACACAAAUGAAAAGGAAGUAACAGAGAAGGAAGCAACUCUUCACUUGUUGCCAGGUGAACAGCUGCUUUGUGAAGCCAGCACAGUCCUGAAGUAUGUGCAGGAAGAUUCCUGUCAGCGUGGAGUCUAUGGGAGACUUGUCUGCACAGACUUUAAGAUUGCCUUCUUGGGUGAUGAUGAAUCUGCUUUGGAUAAUUACGAGACUCAAUUUAAGAAUAAGGUUAUAGGAGAAAAUGACAUUACACUCCAUUGUGUGGAUCAGAUUUAUGGAGUGUUUGAUGAGAAAAAAAAGACUCUCUUUGGACAGCUAAAGAAAUACCCUGAGAAACUUAUCAUCCACUGCAAAGACCUCCGAGUGUUCCACUUUUGUCUGAGGUACACAAAGGAAGAGGAAGUCAAAAGGAUUGUCAGUGGUAUAAUUCAUCAUACCCAAUCUCCUAAACUGCUGAAGAGAUUGUUUCUGUUUUCCUAUGCACAAAACAACACAGUGAAAAAGCUUGAAAAGGAAAAGCUAGCUUCUACUCAGAAAGAGAUUAGAAACUCCUGCUCCUCAGUGCUGGGCACUGUCCCUGAGCUUUUCAGCUUAAGGUUGCCAGCAUACUUUGUUGUCCCCACCCCUCUUCCUGAGGAGGAUGUGAAACGCUUUCAGGGUCAUGGCAUACCAAUAUGGUGUUGGUCCUGCCACAAUGGAAGUGCCCUUUUGAAAAUGUCAGCACUGCCCAAAGAACAGGAUGAUGGCAUUUUGCAAAUCCAGAAGAGCUUCUUGGAUGGAAUUUACAAGACCAUCCACAGGCCACCCUAUGAAAUUGUUAAAACUGAAGAUCUAUCAAGCAACUUCCUAUCCUUGCAGGAAAUCCAGACUGCAUACUGUAAAUUUAAGCAGCUAUUUCUGAUAGAUAACAGUACUGAAUUCUGGGACACAGAUAUAAAAUGGUUUUCUCUCCUAGAAAGUAGCAGCUGGCUUGAUAUCAUCAGACGUUGCCUGAAGAAAGCAAUAGAGAUUACAGAAAGUCUGGAAGCACAAAACAUGAACGUUCUUCUUUUAGAGGAGAACGCCUCCGACCUCUGCUGCCUCCUUUCCUCUCUGGUACAAGUGAUGAUGGACCCCCACUGUCGGACCAGGACUGGUUUCCAGAGCCUUGUACAAAAGGAGUGGGUCAUGGGUGGCCACUGUUUCUUGGAUCGUUGCAACCAUCUCCGCCAGAAUGACAAAGAAGAGGUUCCUGUGUUCCUGCUUUUCUUAGAUUGUGUCUGGCAGCUGGUACACCAGCAUACCCCAGCAUUUGAAUUCACCGAGACUUAUCUGACCGUCUUGUCAGAUAGCCUGUAUAUACCUAUUUUUAGCACCUUCUUCUUCAAUUCACCUCAUCAAAAAGACACUAACAUGGGUAGGGAAAGCUUGGAUACACAAAGCAAGCCUUUGAAUCUGCUCACCGUGUGGGAUUGGUCUGUACAGUUUGAACCCAAAGCCCAGACAUUGCUUAGAAACCCUCUCUAUGCAGAAAAGCCAAAGCCGGACAAAGGCCCACGGAAAGGAAUGCGUUUCAAACAUCAACGACAACUUUCUUUGCCACUUACCCAGUCUAAGUCAUCUCCCAAAAGAGGAUUUUUCAGGGAAGAGACAGAUCACUUAAUUAAAAACCUUCUGGGCAAGAGAAUUAGUAAACUUAUUAAUUCUUCUGAUGAGCUGCAAGACAGCUUUCGAGAGUUCUAUGACAGCUGGCACAGCAAGCCCACCGACUACCAUGGUUUGUUGUUGCCUCACAUCGAGGGACCAGAGAUCAGAGUCUGGGCUCAGCGCUACUUGCGUUGGAUUCCAGAAGCCCAAAUCCUAGGUGGUGGCAGAAUGGCCGUUAUGAGCAGACUCUUGGAAAUGAUGGAGGAAGUCCAGGACUUACAGGAGAAAAUCAACGAGAGACAUCCGAGCCAGGCAGCCCUCCAUGCAGAGACCCGGCAUGCAGAGGCCUCCUGCCUGCUGAGGAACUCUGCCCGCCUGUCCUCCUUGUUUCCUUUCGCUCUGCUCCAGCGGCAUUCAUCCAAGCCUGUCUUACCCACCAGUGGCUGGAAAGCUUUGGAAGAUGAAGAAGAUCUGGCCAAACGAGAAGAUGACUUUGUGGAUCUUGGGGAUGUAUGAUUGUAUGUUCAGUGGUUGUGAAGGUAGGCUGGGACUGUUGAUCCUGGGACUUCAUCACGCACAUGCUGAGAGUCAGCCCAGUGCUCUGAUGGAGAACACCUGGGCCUUUAGGAAAAGAACUGGUCAGUAUUUCACAGUUCUGAAAGACUGUAAUUUCUAUAGUGUUACUAAUUGGAAGGGAUCUCUACUUGACCUGUCAUAGGAUUAUGGCCAAUUUCACAGAACCUGGAAUGGCUGGUUUAUUACUGGAAAAAGCUUCAGUAAGAUAUUCAUGGGCUUGAUAUUUUCUUCUGAUCCUUUCUGUGCCAAGAUAAUAUAAUUAAACAUUGAGAAUAUAACUUCUGUAUAACUGUCUCAGUCAGGAGCAAGGUCAGCUUUAUGUGGUAUUUGAAUGAACUGAAAUAUAGAAAUAGACAUAUUUACUUAAACCCUAGCAUUUUCCCUUUCUCUGUUCCCUUCUCUAUAGGAAAACUAGGAAAUGCCACUGGUGUGGCUCAUGCUAACACUCAGCCCCUCCUCCCUCCUUCCUGGAUUGUUAUGGCGAUAUGGGGAUGGGAGUGGAGGGGUAGAGUGUGGACUAGCCAACCACUUGCCCUUUGUUCUGUGCUGACAGCUCUGGGUCUUUCCUCUUCCUGCUCCAUGCACCUUGGCUCACAUAGCCCAGUGUCUUGCUGCUAAGCCAGCAUUUACAC